AUGCAGAUUAGCGGUGGGGCCAUUCACAGUCCUGUUUUCAAGAUGAAUCAACAAGAUUUGAAGAACGUCCCCUUCACCGAAGACCCUACUCAAAAAGAGCUGACGGCAUACGCGACUUUCACGGAGUCGUCCUAUACUUCCAAAUUUUGCGAUCACUUCAGAAAAAAUGAAUCGGUCUACGUGGUGGAGGAUGAGACUUCGAAAGACAAGGAAGUUCAAAGGGCCAACAAGAUUCAUGUGGUAGAAGAAGACGCCGAGGAAGGUGAAGGCCCGAUUGAGCGAAAGGACUUGUACACCGUUUGCCACAGCGUCCUUGGAAAAGACGGCCAGAAUCUGAGGGUUUUCCAGUUCGGAACGCUUGGCCUUGAGAUCCACCCCGAGAGAAAGGGCAUCAUCAGACUAGGGACUUGGGACGUGGAGCUCAUUCUGAAGACGUGCAUCAAUUAUAAAGAAGGAAAAAACAUCAUGAAGAAGGUCAGCGGUUCGGCAAUCUCUGAUGAAAAGAUCCGGUUUCGGUGGUGCUUGCGGGGCCCCACGAUUGAUCGUGCGACUGAUGCUGAGCCUAUUCACAAGCGGGCUGUGAACAAGUGGAAGUCACUUUUCAACAAGUGA